AUGCUGCGGGGCGGCCGGAGCCCGCUGCCUCCGCCGGCGGGGCCCCCCGGCGGGGCGCGGGGGUCGGCGGGCGCCCCCGGCGCGGCGCAGGUGGCAGCGGGCAGCCUCCUGGCUCUGCUUAUCCUCUGGACGCUCUUCGGGAAUGUGCUCGUAUGCGCGGCCAUCGUCCGCUACCGGCACCUGCGGAGCAAGGUCACCAACAUCUUCAUCGUUUCCCUGGCUGUCUCGGACCUACUUGUGGCCCUGCUCGUCAUGCCCUGGAAGGCGGUGGCCGAGGUGGCUGGGUACUGGCCCUUUGGGGCUUUCUGCAACGUGUGGGUGGCCUUUGAUAUCAUGUGCUCCACGGCCUCCAUUCUAAACCUGUGUGUGAUUAGUGUGGACAGGUACUGGGCUAUUUCCAGCCCUUUCCGCUACGAGAGGAAGAUGACCCAGCGAUUGGCUCUGGUGAUGAUCAGUGUGGCAUGGGCACUGUCUGUACUCAUUUCCUUCAUCCCCGUCCAGCUCAACUGGCACAAAAGUGGGGAUGUUGUUGCUGCUGGUGAUAUUGGAGAUGGAUUUGGUACUGCUUGGGCAGCAGCAGGUGCUGUCACUACCUGGGCAGAAGAUAUGAGCACCACAUGGGUGGCAUUAGCAGCAAUGAGACCCUCUGAUGCGACCUCUGGCAGCAAUGAUACCCUCACUGGACCAUCAGAGAGCUGUGACUCCAGCCUCAACAGGACUUAUGCUAUUUCCUCCUCCUUGAUCAGUUUUUAUAUCCCAGUGGCUAUCAUGAUAGUUACCUACACUCGAAUCUACCGCAUUGCCCAGGUGCAGAUUCGUCGUAUUUCUUCCUUGGAGAGGGCAGCUGAGCACGCACAGAGCUGCCGGAGCAGCCACAUUGACUGCCACCAUCACACAAGCCUCAAGUCCUCCAUCAGGAAAGAAACCAAGGUGUUGAAGACGCUCUCUGUCAUCAUGGGCGUCUUUGUCUGCUGCUGGUUGCCCUUCUUCAUCUUGAACUGCAUGGUGCCCUUCUGCGAGAGGCCACCCAGUGACCCCCACGCUGGCCUUCCCUGUGUCAGUGAGACCACUUUUAAUAUCUUUGUCUGGUUUGGUUGGGCCAACUCCUCUCUCAACCCCAUCAUUUAUGCCUUCAAUGCUGACUUCAGGAAAGUUUUCUCCAACCUCUUGGGAUGCGGUCAGUUUUGCUCUAGUACUCCGGUGGAGACUGUUAAUAUAAGCAAUGAGCUUAUCUCUUACAACCAGGACACCCUUUUCCAUAAGGAGAUAGUGACUGCUUAUGUUAACAUGAUCCCAAAUGUGGUUGACUGUGAGGAAAAUCGCGAGGACCCUUUUGAUAGGAUGUCCCAGAUCUCCCCUGACCAUGAGGUUGCCACUGACUCUGUUUGUGACCUGGACUGUGAGGGGGAGAUUUCGCUAGGCAAAAUAACACCUUUCACUCCAAAUGGUUUACAUUAAAUUGUAUCCUGCUCUGAUCAGUUCUUUUUGGAUUAGAAAAGGAAAUAUUAGCACUGAGUGGAAAAACCUGCUGUAGUUUGGUCAGUCACUUCAUGCUAAACUCACUUCUGUGUGUAGAACUUUGCAGGAUGUAGACACUGUCAUACAGGGGACUGGCAGCACAAACUUAAAUCAGCACUUCCCCAGGCUGAGAGAGGACCAGGCAGUCAUGUUGAUUAGCUGUGGUGAGGUAUUGUGGUAUAAUUACAGUCAGUUCAUGUUUAUAACGUGUUUGCAAAUGAAAGGUGCCAUUGUCACUGCUAAGUAUUAUGACUUCUAAAAUCAGGGAUGGAUGUGGCUGGCAUAGACAUUACAUAGAAAAAAAUUCUGGCCUGUUUGUUUGUUCAGAUGUUAUGUUUCUUUUUCUCUAUUUUUGUUUGUUUGUUUUUUGUUUUGAUUUUUGUUUAAAGAUAGAAAUAGUGAGGUGGUGAUUUGGAUGAUUAUUUAAAUGUGUGUUUCUGCCAAAACAGAUUAUGUGAAACCUUUGUUCUCCUAGGCGGUGUUGUUGCCUAUGAUAUCCUCUGUUCCCAGAUGAAUAAAUAAAAGUUACAUUGAUCAAGGGUUU